AUGACAAGAUUAAGCUUCCUUACCUGUUUCUUGGUUCUUUGCUCAAUUCUUCUAAUCCCAAGCCAAAGUCAUCGGCCCUUGCCCAAAAGACAUGUUGCAUUAUUCAUUUUUGGGGAUUCACAGUUUGAUGCUGGGAAUAAUAACUAUAUCAACACCACAGCUGAAUUUAAGGAAAAUUUUUAUCCAUAUAGUGAAAGCUUCUUCACAUACCCAACUGGAAGACCUUCAUAUGGGCGUUUAGUUCCAGAUUUUAUUGCUGAGUAUGCCAAAUUACAUUUAAUUUCCACAUUUUUGCCUUCCUUCAACAAUAAAUUUAUUUAUGGGGUGAACUUUGCAUCUAGGGGAGUUGGCGCUCUAGUUGAAACUUAUCAAGGAUUUGUGAUAGACCUUAAAACUCAGGUAAGUUAUUUUAGGAUUGUGGAGAAGCAAUUGAAGCCAAAACUAGGUGAUUCAGGAACGAAAACAUUGUCAUCAGAAGCUGUGUACCUGUUUAACACUUGUAGCAAUGACUACUUUUUUCUUCUGCUGAGAUAA